GAAACAUCAAAGAGGAAAACCGGAAAAGCAAUUUUGCAAAACGUCGAAUUUUUUUUUGAUUUCUAUAAAUUUUAUUAAAAGUUUUGAUUUUAAGUAAAAUUUUAAAAAAAACUUAGAAAGAAAAUGCCUUCCAUUGAUAAGGUGUCUACGGAAAAGCACGAAGGUGAUGCUGUGUGCAUUGCAUUCUAUGGAAAUCAGGUCUUCUCAGGUGGUGCCGAUGGUAAAAUUAAAAUAUGGGAUGGUGAUUUGAAUCUCAUUAAAAGCAUUGAUGCCCAUGAAUCGUACAUCUAUGCCUUGGCCAUCAACAGUCAAGGCAAAGUGUAUUCGAGCAGUUGCGAUGGUUGUGUGAAAUUUAUGCUGCCACCCUAUGAUAAAGUCGAGGAGCUAGUCAGAUGCGAUGAUGUUAUACAGGCCAUGUAUUGCGAAGGGGAUGUCUUGUAUGCGGGCGACGACAAAGGUGUUGUCUCCAAUUGGGAAAAUGAUAAAAUGCUCUUCAAAUAUAAUCUCGUGGAAGAGGUGAAAUCAUUGGCAGCCGAAAAAGGUUGGAUCUACACUGUGCGUGAUUUGGAUAUGGUCAUUUCAGAAGUGGUGCAGGGAAAAUCAGGCAAAUAUGUGACAAGAGGAGUUAUGCCAGGAAAAUCACCACUGUGUUUGUUAUGUCCCACCCCAGAGAUGAGGCAUAAAUAUGUGGCCUUGGCCGAUCGCACAGGAAAGGGUUUUGUAAUGAUAAGCAAUUCACCGGAAGAGCAAUUCAAAGUGAAAUCGGAACAAGCGGACUGCCAUGAAAUGAUUAUCAAUGCCUUUUGCAGUGAUGGCACUAACCUGUAUAGUGGCGGCUAUGAUAACAAAGUCAAAGGCUGGACGGAUAUGGAUCAACCAAAACUUAAAGCCUUGGGAGAAGUCGAGGCUGGCUCUUGUGUUAAUGCCUUGUGUUGUGGCACCGCAAAUGCCGUCUACAUAGCAACCAGCGAUGGUGUCAUUCGCCGAGCUAAAUUUGUUUAAGCAGACAGUAUUUGGAAGACUUAGGUUAUGAAUUUUAAAUGUGUGUAUAGGUAGUGACUUUUUGAAUUAGUUGUAGAAUACUAAAACAAACUAAAUUUGUUUAGUACAGCUUUCUUUUUAUUAUGAUUUUUACAAUUUUAUAUAAAACAGGCUUUCAAUAACAAAUAUGCUUUCGAAAAAUAUAUUUGAAUUUGAGUUUAAGACUCUAAAACGGGAGAAAGGUUAAUUAGUGGGGGUUUUAUCAAGCAAUAGUUCGAUAAAUCCUAUUUUCAAAAAUAUCCUUAAAAGAAAAUUUGAACAAAAACUCAUAGUCGGCAUUCAAGGAGAGACUUUCCUUAUUAUAACAGAGGUCGGACGAA